UGAUGUCCCGUCUGCCGGGCAGCAGCAGGACAACGUGCGGGACCACUGGCACCUUUUUGUCGGCUUGUCUGGUCUCCGCUUGUCAAGCCCUUCGGAAUUGCGGGGAGGUCCAGUGCGGCGACGGCCACCAGUGCUGUCCGCCCAUCGUCACCGGGAACGGCAGUGCCAGCUCCGCGGUGCGCUGCUGCAAGCUCCCCAUCCACAUAUUCUUCGACAAUGUUGGCUGGUUUACGCGGAAGCUGUCGGGCAUCCUGAUCCUGUUACUGCUUUUCGCCAUGGGCUACUUUAUUCAGCGGAUCAUCUGCCCGCGGCCCCGCCGUCUCCCGCACAAUGACCGCAGCGAGGAGCCCUCCCUCUUUCACGGGCACGCGUCGGCGUCCCAGGACUCCCUGCUGGACCGGUACCCCGAAUACAGCCUCGGGGACUUCGCUUCUCCGAACCUGCCCGCAUACGAUGAGGUCAAAAAUUUGCCCACAUAUGAGGAGAGCAUGCAGGAGAUGCACAGAGACCGGUCCGAUGAUAACUUGCUGUCGGAAAACGAGAGGGGUGGUCAGGGCAGGGUGAGAGCGGCCGGACCGAGAGCCGGAGACCAGAGACGGGAUGUCCUGGAGGUAUCAGGACCGCAACACAGCCCGAGGACAUGUCGGAACUCUGUCUGAGAUUGGGAAAAGCUGCAGAGACAAUAUGGCAUUCUUAUUUUAAUAGAAUCAGGGUAAUUAUCUUGCAGAGAUAUAAACUGAAGUGCAAUUAUAAUCCUGAAUGUUAAGAAUAAAGGAGGAGGCUGAGAAAAUGCACGUGUUUUGUAAGAUUAUAGGGGAUUACUCGCUUUUUGUAUGCAAAUGGCCGCUUGGGUUAAGUAAAUGAGAUUAUGAAGAAAGCGAAGGCGGCUGAAAUUGACGCUCUUUGUGAUCUGGACAGCUAAUUUGGCUCCGGUACAAUCGCAUUAAGUUUUACUUAAGCACCUCAAUUUAAAGUGGCACCGUGAGACAGUCUUUCUUCUGUCAAAUUCUCGUCCUUUCUUAGUCUUAAUGCUAAGUAUUCUGCUGGACCUGAAAGACCUCCUUUUCUUUUAUUUAUUCCUCAUUGCAUUUGCAUCCAAAAGGAAGACUAUAUAUUGUUUCUCAGUAACCUGAAAUGUGGGCUGAAAGAGGGAGGGAAGGGAUGAGUAUCAAUUGUAAUAGUUUCUGCAGCACACAUUUUGUUUUUAUCAGCCAGCUUUAGAGCCAGUUCAUUUUAUAUUUUAUCAGUAUCAAAGCAGUAUUUUUCCAAACUGACUCACACACAUGCACAUAUCGGUGGGGGCUGAGAGAUGAGCAUUGUAUCAGUGACCUGAGCCAUGUCUGAUAUGCCUAAAGCUGUAGCCACAGAAGAGAAAUGCUAUUUUUAAAAAUGCUGGGAUCCUGCUGCCCGAGGCUAGUAUCAGUGACUCCCAGGUUCUGAAUUCAAUAAAAGCAAUGGCAGAUAAUACAGCUGGCAUACUGAUAUGGCUUAAAGUUGUGUUUUGAUGACAGCAUGUCAGACAACAUCACAACUGCUGCCAACGCAGAACUAACACUGUAAAGCUCAGACCAAGCAAAGGAAAAGACAAAGGGACAUUUAACAGGAAACAAGGGUGGGACAAAAACAUUAUUUAUUAUUAAUAUUUCUUUGUUCUGGGAGUGGUCUGAGAAUACCUAGAAAUCUACUUGUAGUAUGUUUACCUUAUGUGUGUAACUGCCCCCUGUUCAUUUGCAUUUCUGAUUAAUGACACAAGAAAUGUCUUCUUGCUGUUAUUGAAAACCAAGCUGACACCACACACACCUCAUUACACCAGGCUUAAUGGCCUGUUUACCUGGAUUAACGCUAAAGGUGUAUUUGCUAUAAACUGUCCAUUAAAAUGCCUCAAUUAUGUAACAAUAUUGAAAAAAAGCACAUUUGUCAUUGUCACUUUACUUCGACAUUAGCUGGGUGUGUGGUAAACAGUCACGCUUGCCAUACCUCUCUCCAGCACAGACUUGAAGCAAUGUUAGCACAUCAUUAGUAACAGGCGAAAAGAGAAGAAAGGUAAAUUACAAGAACAAAUAACAUGCCAAUCAUUAUCACAGUCAGAAAUGUUCUCCAUUGGUUCCCAGACCCCAAGAUGACAUUUUCAAAUGCUCAUAAUGAUGUUUAGUUUACCAUAGGAGGCUCGCAAAACUUGCAAAAAUACACAUUUUAGGGGCUGGAAGAAAUAAAAAAAUUGUUUAAAUGUGGCUUAAAAAACGAUGAACAGUGUGAAUGACAAGAAUCAAUCAAUUCUCAAUCUUAAUCAAUUAACAAAAUAUUUUGCAUUUGCACUUAUUUACCUGUCCUGAAUGAGAACGUGUUAGUAUAUAAACUGUGGAGCUUUGUUUAUCUGUCCUGUCUUUAAUGGUUAUCUACUUGUGCCUCACUAGCUGUAAAGCACCCAGUGACCUUCACCUUAUUAAAUGAACUAUCUGCCAUCAGAAAGACCAAUAAAUACUGUUAGUACAGGCAUUGGAUAAAAGGACUGUUAUUCACCACAAUAAGUAAAACUUCAAUUUCCGUCAGGUUUAGCUAUUAAGGUAUGGAAGAUGUUGUUGCUAAAGCAUCUGAAUGUGCAAAC